UUACGUGAUGUUUUGUUUUGAUUUUUUUUUUUUUAAGUGGUUGAUGGCGGCGCGCGCUCGUGAAGAUGUCACCCUCAGCGGUCGUCGCUUUACGUUUUGUUUCCAGACCGCAACAUUGUUUGGCAAAACUGAGAAAACCCUUGAAUAACCUUUACAGACGAGGUUACGCCCUGGGAGUGAAGGAGGCGGCGGAGGAGAGAAGCUGCUUCAGCGGGCCUCUGGAGCAGUACAACAGCCUGAUCAGGGACGGCACACUGCGGGAGGACGAGAACCAGAGAGCCGUGCUGCUCAAACUGGAUCAGCUGCACAAAACCCUCAGGGGAUACAGCAACACACCCACAUCCAUCUUCUCCAAGUUUUUUACUAAGCCUAAGCCUCCUAACGGAUACUACAUCUAUGGUGAUGUUGGAACAGGAAAAACUAUGGUAAUGGACAUGUUUUAUUCUUAUGUUGAGACUCAGAAGAAGAAAAGGGUUCAUUUCCAUGGCUUUAUGUUGGAUGUGCAUCAACGGAUCCACCGACUAAAGCAGAGCAUGCCAAAAAGGAAAGCGGGGAAAAUGGCAAAAUCUUAUGACCCGAUUGCUCCAGUGGCGGAGGAGAUCAGUCAGGAGGCUUGUCUUUUGUGUUUUGAUGAGUUUCAGGUCACUGAUAUCGCAGAUGCAAUGAUUCUCAAGCAGCUUUUUCAGAAUCUCUUCCUAAAUGGAGUUGUUGUUGUGGCCACUUCAAAUCGUCCCCCUGAAGACUUGUAUAAAAAUGGGCUACAGAGAGUCAACUUUGUACCUUUUAUGCUGUAUUACAGAAUAUUGCCAAACUCUUGGCUUGGAUUCUGGAAUAGAUUAUCGCAAAAAGAAAUAAACCCUUGGCAGGAAAACCUCUACUUCCUCUCAAGUGAGCCUGAUGCAGAAGCAGUGCUUGAUAAGAUGUUUGAUAAACUAGCUUUUAAGCAGAAUGACAUAACACGACCACGAAUUAUGAACGUCCACAACAGGAAGGUUCGUCUGAAUAAACAUGUGGGGACCAUAGCAGACUGUACUUUUGAGGAACUAUGUGACAGACCUUUGGGGCCCAGUGACUACCUGGAGAUUUCUAGGCUGUUCGACACGGUCUUUAUUCGACACAUUCCUCUGCUGACAGCGAAUAAGAAAAGUCAGGCUCGGCGGCUCAUAACACUUGUGGAUUCCCUCUAUUCCCGUAAGGUGCGAGUAGUCAUCCUUGCGGAUCACCUACUGGAGGAUAUUUUUGUGCAGGAUGUAGACCGCAGCCAUGACGAGGGUCAUAUUCUUAUGGACGAUCUUGGGCUGAAAAGGGAGGAAGCCAGCACUUUGUCCAUCUUCAGUGGAGAAGAGGAGAAGUUUGCCUUCCAGAGGACCGUGUCUCGUCUCACAGAGAUGCAGACAGAAGAGUACUGGGUGGAGGGAGACAGAAGCACAAAGUCACAAGCGUAACAUUUGUUACAAAAGCUCGUACUUUAUCUGUAACUGCCACAAAACGACACUACUCAGUCCAAACAUUGUACAGAGAAUCUUUAUUCAUUAUUCAUGGCUUUUUAUAAUUUUAUUGAUUAUAGCACUUUGUGCAUGUUAUGAGUUAAGAUUUGGGACAUUUUAUUGUUUUAAGUCCAUCAUUGUAGUUCAGCACUAAUCACUUUAAGAAAUGUCUGGGGAACAGCUUGAGGACACUGGGAGGUGAAAUUCCGAAGGUUUUAAUGGACAUCAAAUGGUUGUUUUAAACCUCCUGUUUUGAGACAUGUUUCUCUAGAAAAUGUCAUGUCUGAUGUUAAUGCAAUCCUAAAUAUAGUGCUUACAGGCUG